GCGCGGGCGUCUCAGGUUCCGAGGCCCGGCCGCCGCGGCUCUUUUGUUUCGCCGCCGGGGCCGGAGACGGAUCCCGAACCUCAGCCCGAGUGGGAGCUGGAGCCGGAGUCGGAUCGCACGAGCAGCGCUGAGGAGGCCGCCGCGGCGGACGCGCAGAGGGAUCGGGACCCCUGCCCGGCCCACUGGGCUGGGAGCCGGCCCCGGCCUGCCCUAUGGGGCGCGCGGCCCCGUCGGUGCGCCCGUGCCCGGCCCCGCGCCCCCGGCCCUGCGCCCCCGGCCGGCCGGCCCCGACCCACGCCUCUGCCUGAACCCCGCGAGCACCAGCCCGCCGCCCCUCGCCCCACGCCUCCGGCCCGCACGCGACAUGGAGCCCGGCCGCGGCGGCAUCGAGGUCGUGGGCAAGUUCGAGUUCUCCCGCAAGGACCUGAUCGGGCACGGCGCCUUCGCCGUGGUCUUCAAGGGCCGCCACCGCGAGAAGCACGAUCUGGAGGUUGCGGUUAAAUGUAUUAACAAGAAGAACCUUGCCAAGUCCCAGACGCUGCUGGGGAAGGAAAUCAAAAUCCUCAAGGAACUGAAGCACGAGAACAUCGUGGCCUUGUAUGAUUUCCAGGAAAUGGCCAAUUCCGUCUACCUGGUCAUGGAGUACUGUAACGGUGGGGACCUGGCCGACUACCUGCACAGAGGAGCAGGCUGUUUAGAGAACAUCAAGAGCUGGCAGUUGGGUGUGGAGAAGAAGGUUCCAGACAGAGUCAGCAGAGGAUGGAUGGCCCAAGCCAUGCGGACACUAAGCGAGGACACCAUCAGGCUCUUCCUGCAGCAGAUCGCUGGCGCCAUGCGGCUGCUGCACAGCAAGGGCAUCAUCCACCGCGACCUGAAGCCCCAGAACAUUCUGCUAUCCAACCCUGGAGGACGACGUGCCAAUCCCAAUAACAUUCGCGUCAAGAUCGCUGACUUUGGGUUCGCCCGAUACCUCCAGAGCAACAUGAUGGCGGCCACACUCUGCGGCUCUCCCAUGUACAUGGCCCCUGAAGUCAUCAUGUCCCAGCAUUACGAUGGGAAGGCAGAUCUGUGGAGCAUCGGCACCAUCGUUUACCAGUGCCUGACGGGGAAGGCGCCCUUCCAGGCCAGCAGCCCCCAGGACCUCCGACUGUUCUACGAGAAGAACAAGACACUGAUCCCCACCAUCCCCCGGGAGACCUCGGCCCCCUUGAGGCAGCUGCUCCUGGCCCUGCUGCAGCGCAACCACAAAGACCGCAUGGACUUUGAUGAGUUUUUCCAUCACCCAUUCCUGGAUGCCAGUGCCUCCAUCAGGAAGUCCCCGCCUGUGCCCGUACCCUCAUACCCAAGCUCAGGGUCUGGCAGCAGCUCCAGCAGCAGUUCCACUUCCCACCUGGCCUCCCCGCCGUCCCUGGGGGAGAUGCCACAGCUGCAAAAGACACUGACCUCCCCAGCCCACACUGCUGGCUUCCUGCAUGGCUCCCGGGACUCAGGUGGCAGCAGCAAGGACUCAUCCUGUGACACAGACGACUUUGUCAUGGUCCCGGCCCAGUUUCCAGGUGACCUGGUGGCUGAGGCGGCGUGUGCCAAGCCCCUGCCAGACAGCCUGAUGUGCAGCGGGAGCUCGUUGGUGGCUUCCGCUGGCCUGGAGAGCCAUGGUCAGACCCCAUCUCCAUCACCCCCCUGCAGCAGCUCCCCUAGCCCCUCAGGCCGGGCUGGUGCCUUCUCCAGCAGCAGGUACGGCGCCUCUGUCCCCAUUCCAGUCCCCACUCAGGUGCAGAACUAUCAGCGCAUUGAGCAAAAUCUGCAGUCGCCCACCCAGUAUCAGACAGCUCCGUCGUCCGCCAUCCGCAGGUCAGGCAGUACCAGCCCCCUGGGAUUUGCACGGGCCAGCCCGUCACCCCCAUCCCAUGCUGAACAUGGAGCUGCCCUGGCCAGGAAGUUGUCCCUGGGUGGGGGCCGGCCUUACACUCCUUCUCCACAAGUCGGAACCAUCCCGGAGCGGCCGGGCUGGAGCAGGGCACCCUCCCCACAAGGAGCCGAGAUGCGGGGUGGCAGGUCCCCUCGUCCAGGCUCCUCCCUGCCCGAGCACUCCACCCGCACCACCGGGCUGGGCUGCCGCCUGCACAGCGCCCCCAACCUGUCUGACCUGCACGUCAUCUGCCCCAAGCUGCCCAAACCCCCCACGGACCCACUGGGAGCUGCAUUCGGGCCCCCACAGGCCAGCCCUCCCCAGCCGUCCCAUGGAUUACAGUCCUGCCGGCCCCUGCGCGGCUCGCCCAAGCUGCCUGACUUCCUGCAGCGGAACCCCCUGCCCCCCAUCCUGGGCUCCCCCACUAAGGCCAUGCCCUCCUUCGACUUCCCCAAGACCCCAAGCUCCCAGAAUCUGCUGACCCUCCUGGCCCGGCAGGGCGUGAUGGUGACGCCCCCUCGGAACCGGACACUACCCGACCUCUCAGAGGUGGGGCCCUUCCAGGGACAUCAACUGGGCCCUGGCCUGCGGCCUGCUGAGGACUCUAGGGGCCCCUUUGGCAGGUCCUUCAGCACCAGCCGCCUCACCGACCUGCUCCUUAAGGCUGCAUUUGGGACGCAGACCCAGGACUCGGGCAGCACAGAUAGCCUGCAGGAGAAGCCCAUGGAGAUAGCGCCCUCUGCAGGCUUUGGAGGGAACCUGCACCCAGGAGCCCGUGCUGGGGGGGCUAGCAGCCCAUCCCCAGUGGUGUUCACUGUGGGCUCUCCCCCCAGUGGGACCACGCCGCCCCAGGGCCCCCGCACCAGGAUGUUCUCAGUGGGCUCCUCCAGCUCCCUUGGCUCCACCAGCUCCUCCUCUGCCCGCCACCUGCUGCCCGGGGCCUGCAGUGAGGCCACCACCACCGAGCUACCUGCCCCAGGUCACUGCUGCAGCUUUGCCGACCCAAUUGCUGCCAACCUGGAGGGAGCUGUGACCUUCGAGGCCCCUGACCUCCCUGAGGAGACUCUCAUGGAGCAAGAGCACACAGAGAUCCUGCACAGCCUGCGCUUCACACUCAUGUUCGUCCAGCACGUCCUGGAGAUUGCAGCUCUGAAGGGCAAUGCCAGCGAGACAGCCAGUGGCACCGAGCACCAGCUGCAGGAGAGCGUGGUGGCUGACCAGAUCAGCCUGCUGAGCCGCGAGUGGGGCUUUGCAGAGCAGCUGGUGCUGUACCUGAAGGUGGCUGAGCUGCUGUCCUCAGGCUUGCAGACUGCCAUCGACCAGAUCCGGGCUGGCAAGCUCUGCCUGUCGUCCACUGUGAAACAAGUGGUGCGAAAGCUGAAUGAGCUAUACAAGGCCAGUGUGGUGUCCUGCCAGGGCCUGAGCCUGAGGCUGCAGCGCUUCUUUGUGGACAAGCAGCGGCUCCUGGAUCGUAUCCACAGCAUCACCGCGGAGAAGCUCAUCUUCAGCCACGCCGUGCAGACGGUGCAGUCAGCUGCCCUGGAUGAGAUGUUCCAGCACCGGGAGGGCUGCGUGCCGCGCUACCACAAGGCACUGCUGCUGCUGGAGGGGCUGCAGCACAUGCUCACGGACCAGGCUGAUGUGGAGAACGUGGCCAGGUGCAAGCUAUGCAUCGAGCGCAGGCUCUCAGCCCUACUGACUGGCCUCUGUGCCUGACCUCCCAGGCCCAGCCCGCUGUGCCCAGGCAGCUGGACCUUCUCUGCCAAGCUCCACGGCCUCCCUGCAGGGACGCUGGGUGGAGCCAGGUGUCUGCAACCAUGCAGUUUGGCACUGCUGCUGCUUCUGUAGGACACGGAUCAGUGCUGUGGUUCCAUGCUGGCUGACCCUCAGAGCUUCUCUCCAAGGCUGCCUCACACACAGGACUGGCACCUGCCACCCCGUGAGACCUGAGGACAGAAGGGCCCUGAGACUGCAUUGCCGAUGUGAGCUCUUCCUCUGGCCAGAGCCUUCCCUGCACUUGCCCAGUAUAGGGCAUGUGGCCUCCUGGCUUUCCGUUCUCUCCAGGAACGUCUCCCUCUGAGACUACCCACCCAGCUUUGUAAAUCACCCAAGCACUUUAUGCAGAUAGAGACUUGAGAGCCUCAACUUCUGCGGUCCGACAGCGUGACCGCAGGAACCUGUUCCUGGCGGUUGCCCUUGAGGCGUGUGUACAUACCAUAUACAUACAUACAUAUAUAAAUAGCCCCAUGAGCGUGUGUGAGCGUGUGCGCCGGGCAUGGCUGCUGCCUGUGUCUGGUCCUGGAGAGGAGGGCAGGCUCUGCUGCAAGUCCUCUCAUUUAAAUGUUCUCCAGAGACAGACAAUGUGGAGCAUCUUGCUUUCCAAAUGCAGAACAGACGUUGUAAUCUUUCACACUUUACUCCUAAAAAGUGUCUUACUUUAAUGCAGCUCAUUUUUCCUUUAAAGUAGAAAAUGUGUAGGUGUUUAAGGAAUUAUUUUGGCAGGAUGGGGGCAGGACAGGGUCAGGCCUCCACAUCACUGUGGGUGCUGAGCCACGGAAGCAGAUGGUGCUGGGGUACGUGUGGCUGGGGUGUGACAGGCCACUUCCCCAGCUGCCUGGUGCAGCCAUAUGUGCGUCUAUGUGUGGCUGUGUGUCCCCGACCUGAACAUGGAGGACAGGCGAGGGUGAACUGUUAGUGCAACAGAAAAAAAAAUAUGCAAAACUUUUCCCCAUCAAGCUUUAAGAGUCAGUUUUGGUGGCAAGGCCCCUCCUCGGUAGGCAGGCCCCGUGACAGCCCUGUCCCUGCCACACCUGGACAGCCAUCAAGGGGGUCUGCAGAGAGGCCUGCCUUGCAGGGUCCAGAUGUGACCCAGGCUGGAGACCCUUCCCUGGUCUGCCCAGCCCUCGGCCCUGCUCUACCUAAAUUUACUUGAAUGUAUCCCUGAAAGUCCACAGGAGGCAUGUGUGGGUCCACAGCACCCACAGCGAGGGGUUCAAAGGUCAUACGCCACGUACACAGACAAAGAUACACACACACGUUUUUCUUUGCAAUACUUGAAAUAUUGCCACUGUGCUUGGACUUACAAGAAGAAAAAAAAAAGAUCUCCACAAAUCUUUUCUCACUACCCUGAGGACUUUCCUUGUACCUUGCUGCGUGUGACAUGUUAGUAUUUAUUGCUCUGUGGCUGCUGGGGAAGCCGGCACCAUGGGAGGGCCGUGCCUGGCUUCCUGGUCCUUGCUUCAUCUGUUGUGGCCACCUGUGCGUGUGUCCGGAGCGGGAUCUAGGUGCCCAGCCUCAGGAACACUGCCUCCAGUUGUGUGUCUCAAGUGUGUCCUGUUCACAGGAUAGUGCUCCACUCUUUGUCUAUUUUAAAACAAAUUUUGUGUAAUUCCUCCCCUUUUGCGUUAUAUUGUGUAAUAUCAAUUUAAGGAAAUAAACCUUUGGAAUUGUUGAGCUGG